AAAACCAGAAAGUGACCAACUCGUAAUCCAAUCCGCACAGCCCCAAAGCCAAAAGAUAACUAGAGUAAUUAACACAACUACACAAGAGUAGCCAUCAAGAUGGAGCUCCUGUCCAGCGCCGCCCGCCUGUUGCUCCUGCUCGCCUGCCUCGUCGUGAUUGCGCAUGCGCAGCAGUGCACUUGGGAGUACGGCUCCAGCACCAUGGACAUCCGCUGCAGUGUGCGCGCCCUGGAGGCGACUGGCACGCCUCUGGACCUCCAGCUGGCCGAGUCCGCCAGCCACUUGGAGCUGCAGUGCAGCGAGGAUCUGCUGCACGGCAGUGAGCUGGCCCCCGGCAUGUUCCGGCACCUCCAGAAACUGGCGGAGCUGCGCAUCGAGGCCUGCAAGCUGCAGCGCAUCCCGGCCAGCGCCUUCGAGGGCAUGAUGUCGCUCAAGCGGCUGCAACUGGAGACGCACAACGCAGUGUGGGGGCCGGUGAAGAGUCUGGAGCUGCACUCGCAGUCGUUCCAGGGCCUCAAGGAGCUCACCGAGCUGCAUCUGGGCGACAACAACAUCCGCCAACUGCCCGAGGGCGUUUGGUGCGCGAUGCCUAGCCUCCAGUUGCUCAAUCUCACCCAGAACCGGAUCCGUUCCGCCGAGUACCUUGGCUUCUCCGAGAAGCUGUGCGCGGGCUCUGCCCUGAGCAAUGCCAACGGAGCCGCCAGCGGGGGCUCCGAGCUGCAGACGCUGGAUGUGUCUUUCAACGAGCUGCGAUCCCUGCCCGACGCCUGGGGAGCAUCCCGGCUGCGGCGCCUCCAGACCCUGAGCCUGCAGCACAACAACAUCACCACCUUGGCGCCCAACGCCCUGGCUGGACUGAGUUCCCUGCGCGUUCUGAACAUCUCCUACAACCACUUGGAGUCGCUGCCAUCGGAGGCAUUCGCCGGAAACAAGGAGCUGCGAGAGCUUCACCUGCAAGGCAACGAUCUGUACGAUCUGCCCAAGGGAUUGCUCCAUCGCCUGGAGCAGCUGCUCGUGCUGGACCUGAGUGGCAACCAGCUGACCAGCCAUCACGUGGACAACAGCACCUUCGCCGGCCUGAUCCGCCUGAUCGUGCUGAAUCUGUCCAACAACGCGCUCACCCGCAUCGGGGCCAAGACAUUCAAGGAGCUGUACUUCCUGCAGAUCCUCGAUAUGCGCAACAACUCCAUCGGCCAUAUCGAAGACGGAGCCUUCCUGCCACUGUACAACCUGCACACCCUCAACCUGGCCGAAAACCGACUCCACACGCUGGACAACCGCAUCUUCAACGGCCUGUACGUGCUGACGAAGCUCACGCUGAACAACAACCUCGUGAGCAUCGUGGAGAUGCAGGCCUUCCGCAACUGCUCCGAUCUGAAGGAGCUGGAUCUCAGCUCCAAUCAGCUGACCGAAGUGCCGGUGGCCGUGCAAGAUCUGAGCAUGCUGAAGACGCUAGAUCUGGGCGAGAAUCUGAUCACCGACUUCCCCAACAACACGUUCCGCAACCUCAACCAGCUGACGGGACUGCGGCUGAUCGACAACCGCAUUGGUAACAUCACCAAGGGCAUGUUCCAGGAUCUGCCACGCCUGAGUGUGCUCAACCUGGCCAAGAACCGCAUCCAGAGCAUCGAGCGCGGUGCCUUCGACAAGAACAGCGAGAUCGAGGCGAUCCGUCUGGACAAGAAUUUCCUCACCGACAUCAACGGAAUCUUCGCCACGCUGGCUUCCCUGCUGUGGCUGAAUCUGUCCGAGAAUCACCUGGUUUGGUUUGACUACGCCUUCAUCCCCUCGAACCUUAAGUGGCUGGACAUCCACGGCAACUACAUCGAGGCCCUGGGUAACUACUACAAGCUGCAGGAGGAGAUCCGGGUGACGACGCUGGAUGCCUCGCACAACCGCAUCACCGAGAUCGGAGCCAUGUCGGUGCCCAACUCGAUCGAGCUGCUGUUUAUCAACAACAAUAUCAUCGGCCAGAUCCAAGCCAACACCUUUGUGGACAAGACUCGCCUGGCCCGCGUUGAUCUCUACGCGAACGUGCUCUCCAAGAUCUCCUUGAACGCGCUCCGCGUUGCGCCCGUCUCGGCGGAGAAGCCGGUGCCGGAAUUCUACCUUGGCGGCAACCCCUUCGAGUGCGACUGCUCCAUGGAGUGGCUGCAGAGGAUCAACAACCUGACCACGCGCCAGCACCCCCACGUGGUGGACCUGGGCAACAUCGAGUGCCUGAUGCCGCACAGCCGGAGCGCUCCUUUGAGGCCCCUGGCAUCCCUGUCCUCCUCCGACUUUGUGUGCAAGUACGAGAGCCACUGCCCGCCGACCUGCCACUGCUGCGAGUACGAGCAGUGCGAGUGCGAGGUGAUCUGCCCCGGAAACUGCAGCUGCUUCCACGACGCCACCUGGGCCACCAACAUUGUUGACUGCGGCCGCCAGGAUCUGGCCUCGCUUCCCUCCCGCAUCCCCCUGGACGUGAGCGACCUCUACUUGGACGGCAACAAUAUGCCCGAGCUGGAGGUGGGUCACCUGGUGGGUCGUCGCAAUCUGCGCGCCCUCUACCUGAACGCCUCCAACCUGAUGACCCUGCAGAACGGAAGCCUGGCCCAGCUGGUCAAUCUUCGCGUGCUCCACCUGGAGAACAACAAGCUGACCACCCUAGAGGGCACCGAGUUCCGCUCACUGGGCCUGCUGCGGGAGUUGUACCUGCACAACAACAUGCUCACCCACAUUUCCAAUGCCACCUUCGAGCCCCUGGUCUCCCUGGAGGUGCUCCGCCUGGACAACAACCGUCUGAGUUCGCUGCCCAACCUGCAGUACCGCCACAGCCUCCAGGGUCUGACUCUGGGCAGGAAUGCCUGGUCUUGCCGCUGUCAGCAGCUGCGUGAGCUGGCCCAGUUCGUCUCCGACAACGCCAUGGUGGUGCGCGAUGCCCAGGAUAUCUACUGCCUGGACGCCGGCAUCAAGCGGGAGCUGGAGCUGAUCGGCAACCUGGCCAACGGACCCGAUUGCUCGGAGCUGCUCGAUGCCAGUGCCAGCAAUAUCAGCUCUUCCCAGGAUUUGGCUGGCGGCUAUAGGCUGCCCCUGUUGGCCGCUGUGCUGGUCCUGAUCUUCCUGGUGGUCGUCCUCAUCAUCGUCUUCGUGUUCCGCGAGAGCGUGCGCAUGUGGCUCUUCGCCCACUACGGAGUCCGGGUCUGCGAGCCCCGCUUCGAGGAUGCCGGCAAGCUGUACGACGCCAUCAUCCUGCAUUCGGAGAAGGACUACGAGUUCGUGUGCCGCAACAUUGCCGCCGAACUGGAGCACGGUCGUCCCCCGUUCCGCCUUUGCAUCCAGCAGCGCGAUCUGCCGCCUCAGGCCUCGCAUCUGCAGCUGGUUGAGGGUGCCCGCGCCUCCAGGAAGAUCAUCCUGGUGCUUACCCGCAACCUGCUGGCCACCGAGUGGAACCGUGUGGAGUUCCGCAAUGCCUUCCACGAGUCGCUGCGCGGCCUGGCCCAGAAGCUGGUGAUCAUCGAGGAGACAAGCGUGUCCGCCGAGGCAGAGGACGUGGCAGAGCUGUCGCCAUACCUCAAGUCGGUGCCCUCCAAUCGCCUGCUCACCUGCGAUCGCUACUUCUGGGAGAAGCUCCGCUACGCCAUCCCCAUUGAGCUGUCGCCCCGAGGCAACAACUACACCCUGGAUCACCACGAGCGCUUCAAGCAGCCCGUCUCGCCGGGUAUGAUCUUCCGCCAGGCUCCCCCGCCGCCAGCCUACUACUGCACCGAGGACAUGGAGGCCAACUACAGCUCAGCGACCACUGCCACCCCCUCGCCGCGACCCACGCGUCCCGGUGGUGCCGCCCGCAUUGUGGAUUCCAUGCCCAUGCCCAUGCGCCCGCCCUCGGAGCACAUUUACCACAGCAUCGAGUCGGAGUACAGUGCGUACGAUCAGCACGAGGCGCUCUCCAUGAUUCCCACGGGCAUGAUGCACCAUCAGCAGCAGCAACAGUUGCGUCUCCAUCAACAGCAACAGCAGCAGCAGCACCAACAGCAGCGUCUGCUCCAGCCGCAGUUCCGGGCGAUGCCCCAGCAGGCCAUCCCCAUGCCGGUGGUGACCUCUGCUCCGGUUCAUCUGAGGAGCGGAAGCGGCCUGAGCCAGGCCAGCACCAGUACGCAGUCGACGGCUCAGGCCUCCACCUCGGCCGCCGCAGCCCAGCAGCAGCAGCAGCAGGCAGCUGGUGGCGAGUCAGCCAAUAAGAACGGCCAGGCCUUCCUGGUGUAAGCUCCGCCUCGAACAGGAUCUAGUGCGCAGGAGCGGCCAUCUUGAAGCUGGUCGCUUGCUGGCGCACAGGGAUAAGGAACUGAGCGAAAACAGGACUCGCACACGCACACAACGUACACACCGCGCACAUCCAAAACAAAAAGACUUUUCGUAGGCAUUUCUUUGAGGACAGCAGCCACAGCGCCCAGCAGAUAUUUAUAUAUAGUAUAUGAUGUUUUUUUUUUCGGUGCAUUUUGCCUUUGGUGUUCACGUGUUGCCCAUGUCGUUGAUGUUGAUGUUAGCACACACUCGGGGGCGGAGACACGCCCGCACAUUCGUAUAGGAGCAUAUAGGACUACAUUAUUACAAUCUAAUUACCGUAAACGUAAACAAACAAUUACUAGAAAUGUUGCAAAAACACUUUCAAAUUCAAUGUGAUAUAUUAAUUAACUAUAAUUAAUGUGUAAUGCAUAGGCCUAUGUAGUAGUUCUAGCCAGGCGUACAGAACGUAAACCUAAAACUAAACUAAACUAUUGUUAACUAAGCCCUAAAUUAACCUAAUGAUAGCACACACAUUCGUUCGCAUUCAUCAUCCUAAGCUACACGAAACAAUAACUAAUUGGAAGUAUGAUAAACCUAUGGUAAAUGUAUAUAGAAAAAUCGCAGCAGCAUUUAGAGCACUUAAUGUAUUUAUGUAUCGUACUGUAUAGAGAGGAUGGAACUAAAUUAAUUGAAUUAAAUUUACUUAAUGACAAAUGUAUUAUUAAAUUAAUUAUUACAAUUACAUAAAACCAGCCAGAGGAAUAUAUCCGAGGAAAUAAAAUGCAAAAACAUUACAAAAUAUUAAGAAACA